UACUUUUAUUAUACUUAAACCUAGGAAUCACAGCACAUAAACAUUUUACAAUAAAUCAAAUGGGAGCGCCUUCGACGCCGCUAGAGGUCGCUCGCCCAGCAGGUGGAUGGAAAACAUUUGGCUAUGCACGGCCCGAGGGAGAGGGGCGGGUUCGACGGCAGCACCGGUUCCUGGUCGUGAUUGGCUGCGGUGUCCCUUGCGCACGUCACGUCCUGACGUACGUCAGGCUCGCUCUCGCCGCCGCCGCGUCGAAAUUCCUGGUCCCUCCGCUGCGUCGCGGACUUCGGAAUGACUGUCCCGGCCCGCUUAUGGGCUGCCUGGAGCGGGCCGAUGCCGGGCUAGCGACGCGGCCUGUCAGGUUCGCCCUCCAACCCCUUUCCCCCUGCCUUGGCCUUCCUCCGAGCAGAGUGGGAGCGGUCCAGACUUUUCCCCUCCUCCCGCCAGCUGACCAAGAAAACCUUCUCAAAAUUCCAGAAACAGUUGAAUGAGGUGGUGUGAGAGGUGAAUGGAGAUGGGAAAUUUCGGAUAAGCAAAGCUACCUUCUGUGGAGUUCUGCUCACAGCAGCCUCCUUAAAACUAUGUGGAAAUGGGGCAGCGGAGAUGAUUCAGUCUCUAAAUCUGGAGUUCAUGGCACUUCUCAAUCAGCAAACAUGUCAGUGGCUGAUUUGGCUGAACAACUGGCCCAAACUAAACAGCUGGUAACCCAGCUCAAAGAACUUGUAAAGGAAAAGGAGAAUGAAUUACACAAUAAAGAGCAACAGUUAAAGGAAGAAAAAGAAGCCUCUGAAUCCAGAAUUUCCAAACUGAAGCUGCAAAACAAAGCAAAAGUAACAUCCUUAACUUCACAAUUAGAGGAACUUAAGAAACAACUGUCAGGUGCUGGAACAAAAGAAGGAAAAUCUGAGCAAAAGAAAGGUUCUAGAGAUGGGGACCAGGAUAAUGCUGCUGCAAAUCGUGGGAAAAUAUUGCUACUUAAAAAGAAAAUAGAAGAACUAGAAGCACAGAAUGCCCAAAGAAAUGAAGAGCUCCAGAAGAAGAUUGCUGAAUUGGAUGCUGCACAUCAGCGGGGAGAAGAAAUGGAUGCCAUGCUAGCUGAGAAGCAAAAAAAACUAGAUGAAAAGGAAGCCUACAUAAUUGGUUUACAGAUGGCUUGUGGAUCAACUAAUGAUGCCAAAGACAUACUAAUACAUAACAAUGAAUUAAAGAGCCAGCUUUCCAUAAAGGAAGCUUCAUUGCAAAGUAUGCAGAGCCUUGUUCAAAACCUUACAAAGAAAAUUGAAGAUAGUGAAGAAAGAUGUAGUCUUCUGCAGGAGGAAAUUAAAAAUCUGAGAAAUCUUCAAAGUAAAGAGAAAGAGCGUUUCCAGGAAAGAGAAGCCAUGUACACACAAAAUAUUCUUAUGUUUCAGAAUAUCAUACAGGAAAAAGAAAAAGAACUAAUGGAACUGGCCCAGAAACAUGAGCAAGAAUUAUUUAAGAUGGCUGCUAAAUCUGAUGCUAGUGCUGAUCUAGAACAGUUACUGAAAGCCUUGAAACAGAAGCUACAUGAAAAAGAGGAAGUCAUGCUAGGAAGAACACAGGUGAUAGACAUGUUGCAACGAGAACUGGAUGCGAAGGACCAGGAGCUCAAAGAAGCUAAUGAACAUCUGAACCACCUUCAGUCUGAGAAAGAUAAUCUCCAGUCAAAGCUGAAUGCUGAAAAACAUGUAAUGCGAGCCCAGUUGAGAGACAUGAUGGAGAAACAUGAGAAGGAAAUGAAAGAGGUCAAAGAGAAGUAUAAUGUUGACAUACAGGCGAUCCAAGAGAAGCAUGAAACUGAACUGCAGGAAAAAGAUCAAGCUCUUCAUCAGCUUCAGAAACAUUUGGACAAAUUAAGUUCCAUUCCAAGUAAUUUGGAGCAGGCUGUUGAUAUGGAUGCUGUAAUUAAACUAAAGCUGGAACAGCUAGAAGCUCAAGUAAAACUGAAAGCAGAAGAGGCCAGCAAAUCUGAAGCAAGAUUCCUUAAGACGAAAGCUUGGUCCAAAUCCAGAAUAAAGCAGCUUGAAGAUGAGCUUAAAAAUAUUACAUCGAAGAAUAAUAAUGUAACUGCCUUACACAACCAGAUUUCAGAAUUAGAACAGGAAAAGGAAGACCUACAGUCAAGGUUGCAGACAUUUUCUGAACUCAAAACUCAAAAUGAAGAAUUGCUGGCUAAGCUGGAAGUUUAUGAAGAACAGCAGCGAAAAUUGCAAGCAGAUCUUGAGCAAGUUACAAAGAGGGCAGCCUCACAGCCUAGCGAAUCAGGCAGUAUGGAUGAACUCCAGAGUCGGCUAUUGGAAUGGCAAGAAAUUGUAACUGAAUCUGAGGAAGCACACAGUCAAAUCAGAGAGGAAAAAUCUGCAAUGGCUCUAAGGAUGGCACAGAUUGAAGAGGAGAGAGAAGGACUGAUUGAGGAUGACUGGUUCUUUCCUGGCUGCUCUGAUCCAGCCAUAGUCUCAGGGCAGCAGGAGCUGGAGGAGGAACUGGCUACAGGUCAAGGGAUUGGCAGGAUGGAGCCAGAGAGAAGGAAGAGCACCCAGUCCAGCAGGAAGCUCCAGGAAGAUUAUGGCUUCGAUGGAAAACAGUGCUUUGAAGAGAUGAAUGCCACUUUGGACAGCAGUGAUUCAACUGAAGGAGAAAAUAUGGGAGGUUGGUGGCCAGAGUACAGUUCUCCUAGUACAGGUUUACGGACUGUAGUAGAAGAGUUAGAAUUGGAAAGAAACCAACUGCAAGAACAAAUUCUUUUCCUGGAGGAACGUUGUCGAGACUUGGAAGAUAGAUUUCAACUGCAAGGCAGAAUGGAAGCUCUACAGAAUGAGAAUGACCGUUUGCAGUCCCAGCUUACACAGCUGCGCAAUCAACAAGCCCGUGAUGCAGAAAAACACCAAGUUCUUGUUUCCAGUUUGAAUGAGCAACUUAAAGGAUUAAAUGAAAGAAAUUGUUUGCUUGAAACUUUGCUUGGGGAGAAGGAGCAAAAGAUUUCAAGUGCAACAGAAAAGCUAGAACAAAUAGAAGACAUGAGAAAUUUACUUCAAGACAGAGACCUUCUAAACAAAGAACUGGGUGAAAAGCUUUUGCAAACUGAACAGAAGUUGGAAGAUGCCUUGAAGAAAUGUAAUUCUUAUACAGCAGAGUGUGCAGAACAAAAAGCUACUAUCUGUGAUCUUAUAGAGAAAAUUGCUGUUCUUAAAGAAAAGACUGCGAAGCAGGAUGCUGCCAUAGAAUUAAUGCAACUUGACCUUGAACAGUCAAAUGAAGAACUUGACAGACUGAACACAAGCCAUUUAGAAGAGAGAUCUCAACUCAUUCAGGACCUCCAGAGACGGGAAAGAGAAAUCGACAACCUUAAGGAAGUGUUAGCAGAAAAAGACAAAGAAAUUUCUGUCCUUUCCUGUAAUAUGACUGAGUACUCUGAGCAGGUUAAUAUUCUGAAACACCAGAUCAAGUGCAAAGAGGGUGAAAUAAGAGAGAUGGAAGAAGCACUGUCCAAGGCUGAAAGGGAAGCCCAGCUGCUGAAAGAUGUACAAACAGCAGAUGUAAAAGAUGCAAGCACAAAGCUUUCUGGACUCUCUGAGCAACUAAGCAGAGUAGAAGCAGAGCUGGCGAAGAAGAAAGUUGAAUGUGAAGUUAAAACCAAAGAAAAGGAGGAGUUAGUUCAACAGAUCAAAGACUCCAGCAAAACUAUUAAAGAACUGAAUUCUGAUAUCAAGACUCGUGAUGUUACUUACAACAACAAACUCAUGGAAUGCGAGUCACAAAUUAAAUUGCUUAAAGAACAAAUGAGUAAAUCAACAGAGAAAUUGCAGGAAACUGAGAAGAGAUUUAGGGAGGAAACAGAACAUCUCAGAUCCCAGCUUGAUGAACAUAUUUCUGCAAAGGAGAAAUUACAUGCGUUGCUGAAAGAAACAGAGACCAAAGAACAAAGUUUUGUGAAUGAAUUGAAAACAGUGAAGGAUUUGUAUAAUCAACAAACUUUAGAAAAUGCUAAAAAAGUUGAUGAGUUAUCUAGUUUAUCCAGGCAGUUUGCUGAACAUACUGAACAUCUAGAAAUUGCCAAAAAGUCUUUACAAGAAAAAACAGAGAUCAUAAUUUCAUUAAAAGAUAAGCUUAAAAUUGUGGAACAGCAAAAUGAGAAAGAAAAGCUCAAGUUAGUAGGGGAGCUGGAGCAAAUGGAAAGGCAGUGGAAGGAAGUAAAUAAUAACUUACAUGAAAAAUGUGAAAUAAUUAAUAAGAUGGAAACAGAAAGACAAACAAACAUAUUGACUAUUAAGCAGUUCCAGGCAGCUGUUGAGCAGAAAGAGAAAGAUUUCACAGGUCAGCUUAAAGCUAGUGAAGAACUUACAAAUGAGCUGCAUACCAUGGAGAAGGAAAAGCAGCAACUUAUCAGUGAGAAUGAGAGUUUGUCUAAAUUAUUGGAUGUGAAAGAGUGUGAAUUAUUGAAGCGUGCUCAAUCUAUGGCUGAAAUUGAGAGUAAGAUGAGUGCAAGAGCCAUUGAGCAUGAAAAAAUAAUUUCAGAGAUCAGCCAUGAGAAAGAGGUUUUCAAAAACAAGGUUGAAGAACUUUUAGGCCUUUUGAAACAAAGAGAAAACUCAGUUGCAGGGCAGUUGCUAGAAAAAGAAAAGGAGUGUAGUAUGUUAGGUGAUGAGCUUUCCAAGAACAGAGAGAUGACAGGAAAGUUGCAGGAGGAAGUACAGUCAUUUAGUACACAGCUGCAAGAUGCUAAAGACAGACUACAGGAAAAAGAAGUAAUUCUGAACCAGAAAGAAACAGAGUAUAAAGAAAUGGUCCAACAGCUUAGUCAAAGGGUAGAAAAAAUACUCUCCUUAGAGAAGCAAGUUCAAGACAUAAAAAUGGAGCUUGAAUUUAAAAGCAAAUCAUUAGAUGAAAAAAACAGGCAAAAUGAUGCUUUACUUAAGCAGGUAGAAGCAAAACAAAUUAAUCUGACAGAAUUAGAGAGAGAUGUGGAAAGGCUUCAAAGUGAUGGCCUUUGUUUGUCUCAGCAGGUUGCAGAAAAGGACUCUGUCCUGUUUUCUCAGGGGCAGGAGCUUGAAAAUCUUCAGAGGCAGAUUGACAAAAAGACAGAAGAGUGUGCAGCAUUAAGUGAUCAGCUAGCAAUGUUAGUCAAAGAAGUGGAGGUUUUGAAAUGUGAAAAGGACAGCGUUCUGGUUAUCUGCAACACAAAAUCAAAUGAAUUGGAUGCUUUUCAGCAUCAAUUGAUGCAACAUCAGAGUGAAAUUGUGUCCACAAAACAUGAGACACACAUGUUGAAAUUAGAAAAUGAAAAAUUGAAAACAGAUAUUGAAACAGCCAGUGAUACAUUGAGGAAAAAGUGUGAGGGAAUAGCUCCCUUAAAUUUAACAUUAUCUCAGCAAAGUCAUAAUAUAUUAGCUUUUAUAGACCAAAUUGAUACCUUAGUGAGUGAAAUAGAAACAUUAAAAGACAGUAUUCACAAUAAAGAGACCCUCCUUUCCCAGAAAGAAAUUGUGAUUCAACAAAUGAAAGAAAACAAAGAUGCAGGUGAAAAGCAUUAUGUGCAGAUGAUUUCAGAUUUGCAGAGUCAAGUACAGACUCUUAGUUGCGAAGUUGAUCUUCUUAGACAGGAAGUGCAGGAAAAAGAAAAUGAACUGAAGAAACAAACCCAAGAUUUAAAAGUGUUUAAAGAUAAAUCUGAAGAAUCUGAUUUACUUAGAAUUCAACUGUCUGAGAAUAUGGAAACAAUUUCUGACCUUCAGUGUCAGAUUAAAAAUAUGACAGAAAGAAUUGAAGAAUUAAGUCAAUCAAUUACAGAGAAAGAUCACUUUUUAAAACAAAAGAAGGAGGAAUGUAUUGAGUUGCAAGCAUGCAUAUCUGAGUCUUCUGUACAGCAGAAACAUGUGGAGUCAUUGAUUUCUGAAUCAGAAAAAUUGAAAGCGAUUGUUCUUGAAAAAGAAUCAUUGAUGAAUAAUACUUUACUGCUUAACAGUAAGUUGGAGGCUGAGCUUCAAGACAAAGAGACUUUGAAGAAGCAAGCUGCAGAUUUAGAAGAAACAAAUUUGAGUUUAAAAAAAGAAAUACAUGAUCAGAAUAAAUUAAUAAAUGACUUUAGCCAAAGGCUGACAGAAAAAGAUGUUUCUCUUUUGGAAAAUGCCAGUCUUAUGGAAAAACUAAGAGAGGAAGUAAAAAUAAACAAAGAAGAAGUUUCUAAGCUUCAUGAUAAAAUUAAUGAAUUGAGAAAAGAAAUCCAAAUGUCGAAAGAACUAGCACAGGAAAAAGAGAAUGCUUUCUUAUCUUUGCAGGAUAAAUUUGCUGCUCAGUAUGAAGAAAGAAUUGAACUCAGUGGUACCCUAAGUAAAAAGGAAGAUUUUAUUGCAGAAUUACUUAAUUCUUUAGAGCAGAAAGAUGUCAGUGUUCAGCUAGCAGAAAGCAAUGUUCGAGCUCUUACUAAUGAGAUUGAGCUGCUGAGAGAAGAAUUAGAAAAAAAUUCUGCUACACUAAAAAAUGUUUUCCAAGAAAAAGAUGAAAGCCUUGCCAUUAGCCAAAUGAAACUUGACUCUCUGACAGUUGAAAUAGAAUCUUCAAAAUUAGAGUACCUGAAAACAUCGGAACAGGCUGAGUUAUGGCAGCAGAAGGUUCAACAGAUGCAGAGAGAGCUUCAGGUUUUGCAAGAAAAAUGCGCGGAACAAGCCAAACAAAUCGAAAACUUAAGAUCUGAGCUCAGCAUUGUAAAUUCUAAGUCCUGUCAAGAAUGCCAGAACCAUAUACUUCUAGUGGAAAAACUGCAACAACAGGUGGAAUUUUUAAUUAAGGAUAAAACUCUUUUGCAGGGGAACUUUGAUAACCUGAGUGUAGAAAACCAAGAGCUGCUUAAAAACCAAAUCAUUUUACAACAGAAAUUAAAAGAACAGCAAGAACUUCACAAAAAAAUAGAAACCAGUGAGAAUGAUUCACGAACACAGCUACAUGCCAUCACUUUGCAGCUGGAAAAAGAGAAAGAGCAGUUGCAGAUGCAGGUUAGUGUAAAGAGUGAAGAAGUUGAUAAAUUAAAGCUUAAGGUUGAAAAGUUGGAAAAAGAUUUUUGUGAGGCAGAAAAUAGAUGGGUGACAGAACUUGAUAGGGUAACACAACAAAAUGAGUUCAAUCUUGAGCAACUGAGUAGUUUAAAAGGGGAAUUGAAAACAAAAGAUGUAGGCAUUCAGUCCUUGCAGCAAGAACAGAACAUAGUUAAAAAGGAGCUUUCCAGACACCUGAGUGCAUUAUCAGGUAAUAGGUAUUUCCUCAAAGCUGGUGAUAGGAGUGCUGUUCAGCAAGCAACUGAAAGUAUGUCUAUGCUGGAAGAAUUGUCAGCUAUGAUAGAUAACAUUCUUAGCAAAAAAGCUGAAGUAAUGACAUUGCAGGAGGCCCUUUCAGAGAGAGAAAGAGAAAUACAUAACUUGAAUAAUGAGCUGGAAAUUAUGCGGUCUCUGAAGGAGGAAAAACAGUUGAUGCAAAAUGACUUUGAGAAGAUGAAAUAUAGUUACCAAUCUGAGGUAGAAUAUUUAUCAAAUGAACUGAUUGCUGCAAAGGAGGCAUUAUGUAAGCAACAGUGUAUUUGUGAAGAAAAGGACAUUGCAUUAACAGACAUGAAGAAACACGUUACAGUUCUCCAGGAAAAGACAGAUAGAUUAGAAAAAGAAUUUGAAAACAAUUGCCAUGUACUGGACACUAAAGGUCAAGAAGUAGCAAAAUAUUUAGAAGAGCUGGAACAAAAAACCCAGACGAUUGAAAACUUGAUUUCUCAGACUAACCAACAAAAGGAUUUAAUUGCUACUCUAAGCCAGCAGUUGAAAGAAAAGGACUGCUCUGUGACUCAAGUCAUGGAAUCUGUGUCUAAUGAAAUGUUAAAAUUUUCUGAUGAAAAAAAUGCACUUACUAGCAGACUGCAGCAAUUGGAAUCUAUUAGGAAUAGCAUGGCAGAGGAGACAGGUAUGUUAUCACUACAAUUAGAAGAAUGUAAGAAGGCCCUUGAACUCAAUCAAAACAUGCUGAGCAACAAAGAAGAUACAAUUCAAGACUUACUUAAUGAGAAGGCACAGAUAAAUAUUACUUUAGAAAAAUUAAGUCAGGAAAAAGAGAAUCUGAAAAGGAAGCUUCAGGCAGCUUUGAUAAUGAGAAAGGAUUUAAUGCAGAAGAUUGGCAAGCUUGAAAAGAAUGGCCAGGAGUAUGCAGAAAAAGAGUGCAAAAAGGCACAAGAUUUACUGGAGCAGAUUGAUGAGUUAACAAAGUUGGUUAAAAAUGCUGAAACUCACAACAAAAAUCUUCAAUCCCAACUUGAUGGACUGAAAGAGCAGUUGGUAGAAAAAGAUGCCAAAAUAAAUGACAUGAGUGAAAUGUUAUCUGCUGAGGCAGCGCAUGUGGAUCAACUGCAGGGGGAUGUUGCUGAAUUCAGAGAUACUAUAGCUGUACAGAAAAGUAUGAUGGAUAGGAAUUUAAUAUGUUUACAGGAGAAAGAUUCUGUUCUUGAACAAAUGCAGUCUGUGCUUACUGAGAAAGAUAAAACUUACAGGGAGGAGCGUUCUCAGUUUUCCUUAAUCAUAGAAAAUCUCAAAGUGGAGGUAGCAAAGAAAGAAGAAAUAUUAAAGGAAAUCAAUGCUUCGGUCACUACAUUGAAUACCAAUGGCUCUUCUGGUGAUUAUAUGCAUCUCUGUAGUGAAGUCAAUCAGUUACAGAAAGAGAAGGAAAUCCUUCAAAAGAAACUUCAAGCUUUGCUUGUUGCCCGAAAAGAAAGUACUAAAAAAAUUCAGAAACAAAAAGAAGAACAUGCUAGGCUGCUAGCAAAUCUUGAUGAAAUAACAAAAGACUUGGAACUCAUACAAAAAGAACAUAAAACACUCCAGGAAAUACAUCAGAGAAAGUGUGAAGAAUUUGACUCCAAUCUCUUGCUUUUGUGUUCUCUGCAGAAGCAACUAGAGAAUUCUGCUUCUCUUCAUCAGAGUGACAGUACUAAGCAGAAUAGCGUUGAAUCAGAGCUGAAGUGUCACAUUAUUGCAGAGGAAUCAGAAAAUGUGAUAAGCGAGAUAGCGGCCAGUGAGACUGAGAUGACAAAAUCUGACAAUAACCAUAUCAGAUUUAUGGAAGAAAAGUUUAAGGAAGAGUUAAGAGACAAGUCGUUUCAACUUGAUAGGAAGGAACAAGAGAUAAUAAAACUGAAGAGUGCUAUUGAGCAACUGGAACAGCAGUAUAAGGAAGACAAAGAUAAUAUACUGAUAGAAAGAGGUCAGCUUCAGGAACAGCUGGAAACAUACAGAAAUGAACUGAUAAGUGUUAAGAGUCUGAUUGAAAGCAUGAACAAUGAAAAGGAUAUUCUUUAUAAACAGAGCGGAGACCACCAGUUCAGUAAGGAAGAAAUUGAAAAUUUAAAGCAUGAUAUUCAAACAGCCAACACACAAAUUUCAGAGAAGGACGAAGAGAUCAGAUAUUUGCAUCACUCUCUUGAGGAUCUCAAAGACAAAUUUGAUCACAGAAAGGAAAUAAUGAAAGAAGUUUCACAAUUACAGCAGAGUUUACAGGAAAGUCAAGAAGAAGCAAAGUGUUUUAAAAUAGUGUUUGAAAAAAUGAGAGAAGAGAGGGAGGAGUUUACAAGCAACCUUGAAAAAUCAAGUACUGAAUUAGUCAACAUGAAAGAGGAGUUAAGGCGUGCUGGUGAGGAAAACAAGGAGCUAUUGAUAGAGUUAAAUAUGCUGCGUGAGAAGGUUUUACCAGUUUCUAAUGUAGGAAAAAAUGUGAUGGUUAGUGAACACAAUACAGAAAGUAUCUGGCUUCCUGCAGCUAACAUGUUUCAGAACAGAGUUGAAGAGACAGACGACUCUACUACAGUAUUAGAUGCCAGACACAUUGAAAAAGAAUCAUUAGAUGCCACUCACACAGAUAAAUUAUUAAUGGAGGGAACAAAUCAAGCACCAGUAGGAAAAACUCAGGGAGAGAUGGAGAAACAUGCACAUGCGGAGGAUCAUGAACCCCAACAACAGAAGAGGUACGCUGAAGAAAAAUCUCAGGAACGUCUUCAAAGAAAGCUCCAGGCUGCUUUAAUAUCACGUAAAGAAGUUAUGAAAGAAAAUAAAAUUCUGAAAGAAGAAAUUGAGAUAGUGAUGUUGGAAAACAAAGAACUAAUUGACAAGGCUCAAGCUCUUGGACUUCUGGUGAAUGAACUGAGCAGCAGAAAAGAAGAUGGUCUUGCAGAAGAAAAUGCAAGAUUGGCAACUGAAAAUGAAAGUCUAAAUGCUGCAUGUGAAAGUCUGAAAUCUACUAUGGAGACUAUAGUCCAGGAAAAGGAAGCUUUUUGCUUUCAGUUGAAUUCCUUAAAAGAUUCUCAGACAGUUGAAUUAACAAGUUGGAAAGCAAAGCACAAUGAAUUAAAGCAGGAAUAUGAAUCGCUGCUUCAAGCAUAUGAGAAUAUUAGUUGUAAAAUAGCAGAAAUGAAGCGAGUUAUUGAUGUCACUAGAAAAGAAAAGCAGGAGGCUCUUCAGAGAAUAAAAGAGAGAGAAUCUGAUAAUCAGGAGCUUCAAAAACUGCUACAAAAAGCAACUGAUGAAAACAUACAAGUGAAGGAACAGCUAAAGCAGUUAGUUCAGUCUAAACAGAAGGAAAUCAGUGAGCUGCAGAUUGAAGCAGAAAAGCAGGCAUCUGAGCACAAAUUGUGCUUGGAAGAAUAUAAAAAAAAUAUUGAUGAAUCCAUACUUCAAAACAAACUACUAAUAGAGGAAAAUAAGCAGUUAAACAAAAUUUCUGAAACCCUAAAAGAGACCAUAGAGAAAAUUGAAAAGGAAAAUGAGGCCAUUUCCAAAGAUUUCAAACUAACAAAAUCUGCCUUGGGGGAUCUCCAAACAAGGUUGGAGUUGGGUACCUUUGAUAUAGAAUCUAAGACCAGUGAUGCUCACAGUGAGAGGGAGUCAUUAUUAAAGCACAUUAGUUUGCUAAGUGAAGGAGUCACAGUAAAGGAGGAAAAUUUGCUGAUCUUAAAGCAAAAGAACAAACUCAUGUCAGAAAGGUUAAAUGCUGCUGAAGAAUCUCUGCGUCAUACAGAAAACUCUUUGUUAAAAUCAGAAAAUGAUUGCAAAACCCUUAAUCAGGAGAUAGUAAGCCUGUGUGAAAGAAUUAAGAUAUUAGAAGAUGAUAAAUGUAUGUUACAGGAAGAAUUAGAGAAUGCUCAAGAAACAUCUUACAAAGUGAAAAAUGAGAAGGAAUUUCUGGAGACAGAGUUGCUCAAUCACAUCAAGAAAUUGGAUCAAACUACAGACAGACUGAAAACCAAACAAGUACAGAUCAACUUGCUCACACAGCAGUUGGAAGAUUUAAAAACAGAGAAAUGCAAUACAAUUAGAGAAAAAGAAGAGCAGCACCUACAUCUUGUCAGAGUGUUUGAAGAAAAAGUAAAAUCUGCUCAAAGAGACACCAGUGGGACCAAAAACAAAACGAAAGAGUUGCAAGAACUUUUAAAAGAAAAGCAACAAGAGAUCAACCAGUUGCAAAAGGAUUCUAUUAGAUACCAGGAGAUGAUUUGGGACUUGGAAAAAUCUGUAAAAUUGUCGCAGUCCAGAAGUGAAAAAUUUGAGAAAGACUUAAGUAAUGCAGAAGAAAAGCUGUCCAAAUCAAAUGAAGAGAUGCAGAAGCUAACUGAAAAGCUGUCUUUGCAGAAGGCUGUGCUAGAUGAGUCUAAGACUGAAAUAGAACAGCUGGCAAGCGAAAACCUAAAUAAUAAAAAAGAACUUAAAAUGAAAGAAAGCCAAUUAUUAAAUCAAAAGAGAGAAUAUGAGAGCCAACUAGAGUUUGCCCUCCAACAACAAAAAACAGCUUGCCAAAAAGAGUGCCUCAAUUUGGAGGAAAAGUACAAGGCCCUUGAAAGAGAGAAGGAACGAAUGCUUGGUGAACACCGUCAGUUGCAAGAAGAAAUUGGCAUUAAAAACACUCAAAAUAAGAACCUUCAGACUGAACUGAAUGAUGUCUUAGCCAGGUUGGCUGCUUUUACCAAGUGUAUGUCUUCCCUUCAAGACGACAGAGAUAGAGUCAUUGGUGAAAUGAAAAGUUGGGAAAUAGCAUUCAAAGAGACAAUUGAAAAUAAACAGCAACAGAUAGAGGCCAGUAAUAAAACAAUAGCAUCAUUACAAGAAGAGAUAAAGGCACAGAUGUCUCACAUCCAGGAACUGGAACUGAAGACUUCUAUCCUGGAACUGAAUAAAAUACAUAAACCAAAACCUAAAGAAUCUGUAGAGGACUCUGUGAUCUUAGACCAUGUUAGUGAGCUGUCUAGAAUAAAGGCAGAGAAUGCUACUCUACAGACUAGUCAACAUGAACUGGUAGCUGCACUAAAAUCAAAAGAAGAUUCUUUGCAGGCCCUGAUCAAAGAAAAGAAAUCUCUUAACCAUCUGAUAAAAAACAAUCCUAUAGAAAAAGAGAUGGAAAUACUGAGAAAUAAUUUGAGGAGAAAAGAACAAGAAGUCCAGCAGCUACUCUUGGAAAAAGGUGAGAUUUACGCUGAGCUGGAGAAACAGGUUGCCAUUUCUUACCACAUGAAGGCCAUGCUGAAUAAGAAAGACACUGAAAUUUCUCUUCUGAUUUCAUCAAAAGACAAUGAAAUUUCAGGGUAUCUUACUCAAAUUCAAACGCAGCACAGGGAGCAGAUUUCAGAGUAUGAGCAACAGAUAAAGACUCUGCAGGUGGCCAGAGAACAAUCUGAGGAAACUUGCCAAAGGAUGAAGAAUGAAUUGAGAAAUCUUCAGACAAAAGCUGACAGGGCAGUUCAAGACAGGGCUGAGAUUGCCAGUGAAAUUGAUUCCUUUAAAAAGGCAAUGUCCUCUCUUCAGAAUGACAGGGAUUCCCUUAUUUCUAAACAUAAAAAUCUAGACUGUGAACACAGAGCUGUUUUAUGUGAGAAAGAGAGACUUGUAGCAGACAGUGCUAAUGAGAAUAAAACACUGAAAGAAGAAUUAAGGAAGCUGCGGAAUCAGAUAGAUGAUCUUCAUUCUGAAAAUGCAAUGCUUACUGCACAACUCAUAAAGUACAGAGAAGACCUCAAUCAGGUUCUUUCAUUGAAAGACAAUCAGUUGAAAGAAUUACUUACACAGAAAUUGGAACUCAUUAAGAAUCUUGAACAGGAAAAACUUGAGCUUCAGAAAAACUUGAAAGAAAUGCAGCUAUCUGUGAAAGUGCAGGAGGAAAUCAUAGAAUCUCUGAGACUGGAAAAUACAAAGUUAACAUCAAAAGCUCAUGACUUGGAGAUCGUGGUGGCUUCUAUAAACAAAGAGAGGUUAGCUUCAGAAUCACAGCAAAAGUUCCCGAAUCAAGACGGACAGAAAUUUGAUCAGAAAGAACUUGCCACCAGCUCCCAACUUGAAGAAAAAAUGAAACAAAGAUUACAAGAAUUCCAGCGAUUGAUUGGCAAAAAUAAAGAUGAUGAUGCACAAGAUGCUAUGUUUCUGGAGAAAGAAGCAAUUGAAUCACCACAAAAGAGACUGUUGGAUGUACAGUUUCAGAAUAAAGAACUAAGAUCUCAGUUAGAAUCAUUUAAGAAAGCAAUGACAGCCCUGCAAGAUGACCGGGAGAGAUUAAUUGAAGACUUCAAGGUCCUUCAAAGCAAAUAUAGUUCAGAACUUAGAUUUGAAAAAAAACGUGCGGAUAAACUUGAAGCUGAGAUUAAUAAUUUCAAGUCAAACCUCCUCAGCAUGCUCAAACAAAAUUCCCUUUGGAAGCAGUCAUCACUAGAAGCUAAAAACAAGAUAACUCUUGACCAGCUUGCUGAUGAACUGGAAAAUCUGUGUAAGUUGUUAACCACACAAAAUCUUGAAAUCAGCAGAGUAUCCUCUGAGUGUGAGAAUUAUGCUCAGCAGCUGAAUGCAUUUUCUAAGGCCAUGUCCAGUCUUCAAGACGACAGAGAGAGACUUCUGCAGGAACUCUGCAAGCUGCGAGUAGUUCGUGAAGCUAAACAAGGCACAAGUUCGAUUUCCACACCUUCUGACUGCACCAGUGAGAUUAGUUCCCUUAAGCAUAAUUUGGAAGCUCUUCAGGUGGAUAGGGACAGACUGGUUAAGGAAGGAGUGAAUGUUGCAACAACUGAAAUAUCAAAACUAAAGGCCAAAGUAGAUGACCUUGAAAGAGACCUGCACCAAACAAAAACUUUUCAAGAGGAAGCCGAGAAAGAAAAAGCCUCAUACCAGAAUGAGCUAAUCGGGUUACGAAUGGAAAAAAAUCUUCUGCUGUCAGAAUCUCAAGCACUCCAGAGUCAGUUCCAGGCAACCCUUGUAGAAAAGGAGCGGCAGAUAGCAGAAUUACAGAGAAUGCAUCAUGAAGUGGUAUCUCAGGGAUCUUUAGCUGCUUCUGGUGGUUACCCAAACAAGGGAUUAGAAACUGUUGCUCUUGUUGGAAGUACAGAUGUCCCUGAACAAAUGAAUCAUCUGCUGGAUGAGAGGAACCGGCUUCAGAAUGAACUCCAGCGCUGUCUUCAGGAGAUGCAUCAAAGAGAGCUGCGAUUCCAGCAGAUAAAUUCAAAGGUAAUGCAGUCAGUAGAAGAAAAUGCUGUAUUAUCUGCUCAGUUAAAAACAGUGUCCCAGACUCUGCGGGAUAACCAACUCCGUUAUACUGACCUGCAGAAUCGUUACUUGCAGCUUGAGAGGGAAUACCAAAUGCAAAUUGCUUCUGUUCAAGGUCCUGCUCAGGGUGAACCUCAAACACAAGUUCCUCCGGGAGCUCCUCAAGAAAGAGCUGCAGUUAUUGUUGAAAUAGACAAUAUGGAAGUCAGUGAACUCAGGAAAAGGCUGGCAGAGAUGGAAAUACAACAUGAUUCAGCUCAACAGACUGUAUCACAGCUAACAGAAAUGCUCUCCAAAGAGAAGAAAAGGCGACAAGCUGCAGAAGAGGCCCUGGGGCUGUCUGAGGAUCAGAUUAAAAGUCUUGAAGUGAGUGCUUACAGGUCAACACCUAGAGAAUAUGCUGUUCAGAUGGAGUCUGAUGAGGAAAGAGAAGCUUUGAUUAUCAAUUCAAAUGAACAUAUUAUAGUGCGAAAGGUAAAAGGAGGAGCACUCUCUUUCAGGAGAUGGAUUCGAGGGCGAAGUCUUUACUGUUCCAAAUUGCUAACCUCAAGGGCAAAAUCCCGCUAUCUCUUUCUCAGUUAUUUGGUGAUGCUACACCUUCUUGUUUUCUUGUGCCUAACAGGCAUCUUAUGAAUGCACUGAACUUGCUAAUUGAACUAUUUUCUUUAUAAGUAACAGUGUGCCAAUUUGAGAGAAUGGACUUCUCAUAAACUGCUGUUAUGCUAUGCACUGGACACGGCUGUAAUAUAUUCUCAAUAUAAUGUGUGGCUUUUUAACUUCUUCCUUAAUGAGAAGUUUUAAAUGUACAUCACAUUGCUCCAAAGUUUAUCUGAGUUGCUCUUUAGUGGUGAAUAUUAUAUUUGCUAAGAAAAAGGUAUUGUCCUAUCAAAACACACUACUAAGAAGCUGCUGCAAUUUGGAUGUUUAAUAUUCUUUGGGAAUAUGUAAUGAUCGAAUGGGUUGUAAAUUAUAUCUUUUCUAUAUAAAUUUAUUUUAACAAAGUUGAACUAUAAAUGGGGGGGUAACUGUUCUCAACUAUUGGAUUUCUUGGCUUCUGGAUUAUAACACGAAGCAUACAUGUGCAAUACAAAGAAAAAGAUGUUGGAAUCACUAUGGGUUUCUCAACUUUAAAUAAAAUCUUAAGAAUUGAA